ACAAAACAAAAAAGGAAGCCUGGGCGUUCUUCCUCUGAGAAAAACAAAAGCGUUGUCUGGGUGAGAAAUUUAUCUCAAGGUUAAAAUCAAAACAGAGAAAGGAAAACAAGGCGAAACUAGUAUAGUUAAGCUUCUCUCUGAGAAAAGAUGUCUUUCCAGUCCGAAGAGGAUCUUUCCUGUCCCGUCUGCCAUAACAUCUUUAGGGAUCCUGUUUUCCUGUCAUGCAGCCACAGCUUCUGCAAGACUUGUUUGAAGAACUGCUGGGCACAGAAGCUGGAACAGCAGUGCCCAGUCUGUAAGAAAAUGUCAGAGCAGAGUGACCCACCCUGUAACUUGGUCCUAAAGAACCUCGCUGAGGCCUACUUAAAAAAGAAAAAUCAGAGCGCUUCGGCAGGGUCUGAGGUUUUGUGCAGUCUGCACUUUGAGAAACUCAAACUUUUUUGUCUGGACCAUCAGGAGCCAGCCUGUGUCAUCUGUCGUGAUUCAAGAGCACACGUCGACCACAAGUUCUGGCCCAUCGAUGAGGCCGCGCAGGAUCACAAGGAAGAGCUUCAGAAAUCCCUAAAACCAUUACAGGACAAACUGAAGGUCUUACAAAAAGCGAAGGGAAACUUUGAUAUAACAGAGCAACACAUUAAGACCCAGGCUCAACAAACAGAGAAGCAGAUCAAGGAGCAGUUUAAGAAGUUUCGCAUGUUUCUAGAUGAGGAAGAGAAGACAAGGCUGGCUGUUCUGAAUAUAGAAGAGCAAGAGAAGAGUCAGCAGAUGAAGGAGAAGAUUGCUGCUCUGAGCAGAGAGAUGGCAGCUCUUUCGGCCACAAUCAGAGCUGCAGAGGAGGAGCUGAAAGCUGAAAACAUCGCUUUUCUGCAGGACUACAAGGGUACAAUGAACAUGGUCCAGCUGUACCCCCAGCUGGAUGACCCACAACUGGUCUCAGAAGCUCUGAUAGAUGUGGCCAAACACCUGGGCAACCUGGGUUACAACAUCUGGAACAAGAUGAAGAAGAUGGUCUCCUACUCUCCUGUGAUUCUGGACCCAAACUCUGCCCAGCCAAAUCUCCUCAUCUCUGAAGAUCUGACCGGUGUGAGCGUCAGUGAGAAACGGCAGCUUCCCGACAAUCCAGAGAGGUUUGACUUCUACCCGAUUGCUAUGGCCUCCGAGGGCUUUUAUUCAGGCACUCACAGCUGGGAUGUUGAAGUUGGAAACAGCACAGACUGGAAAGUCGGUGUGUUAGCAGAGUCUGUCAAAAGGAAGGGAGAGCCGCAAUCUGGAUUAUGGAGGCUAGGGUUUUAUAAAGGUGAAUACACCGUGCGCUCCCUGCCAGAGUCUUCCAUCGUUCUUUUUUUAAAGGCGGUCAAGAAGGUCAGAGUUCAGCUGGACUGGAACAGGGGGAAGGUGUCAUUCUCUGAUCCUGACACCAAAACACAAAUACACACCUUCACACACACUUUCACUGAGAAGAUGUUUCCAUACGUAAGUAAUCUGAGUAAAAUCCCACUGAAGAUGUUGCCCGCAUCAGUGAAGUAGAGUGGUAGUUUAUAGCCAUGAAGCCAGAAGUGGUGGAAAUAAACACACAAAUUGCAUGACAACUAGUUAGAGAGCUCACAUGAUAAAACUAUCCUUGUUUAAAAUAAAUAAAUACACUUCACAGUUAUGACACAUUUAUCUCAUAUUAAUACUAUUUAACUGUAGAGAAAUGAUUCAGCUUAGUCUAAUGGGGCAGUUUGUUUAUAUAGAUUUGGGGUACAAAUCCUUUUCAGAGGACGGUGUUUUAUAGCUUUAUAACCAUAUGUAAGGUGGCUUUUAAAUUCUGUGAUACCAACUGUUACAACCUAAAAAACCUUGGGGCGACUGAUUGUAACGAGUCUCAACUGAAAUUGAAUUUCAGUCCAAUAUGAUGAAUCCUUCUUUUGUGUUGUUUAUGAGACACUUUGGUAAUCAUACAAAAGAGAAGUGAUAAUCUCAGCUUUAAUGCUUGAAUGUAUAAAAUGAUGUGUUUGUGUAAGUAACAGAUUAUCUGGCAUUUAUGUGGAUUGCUCCAGUUAAACAGUUUUCAUUUUAGGAGGUCAACAGAUAUGUUAUCUACUAAAUGUAUGAGGUCUGUCUGUUUUUAUGUUUGAAUUCAGUUAUCCAAUAUGUGGCUACUAAAAUACUUUACACUAUAGCGAGUCAGCUCUUUAUUUCUCUUAUGUUGAAAUGUUUUCCCAACAAUGCAUUUUGUUUUCAUUUCCUUCUGAAUGUUUCUUUCCAUUUCAGUUCCUGUUAGUUCCAGGUGUUGUCAUUUGAGUGCAGCUUGUAUUUGUUUUGGUUUCCUGCACUGUAAUAUGGAUGAUUUAUCAGGGGAAAACUGAUGUUGUAAUAGGUUUUAUAACACAAGUUAUCAUGUAGACAUCCUAUUCUCAAUAAACAUUUGCACCAA